GUGUUGCUUCUUAGAUGCACAGAUAUACAUACAUAUAUAACGUGAGUUUAUAUAGAAACGUGAACAAGAAUAUUAUAUUGGACAUAACGCGAAGUUAGUUAGAAAACUACUCAGUAACACGCAUGCGCUGUAGCUCUACGAAUCAAUUUUUGAUUUACCGUUACGUGUAAACGUACAAUAUGAUACUGUUUCGUAAUUAAAAUGCAAUUUAUAAAAUGAAUUAGGUAAAAUUAGAUGAAACUAAUAUUAAACUGCUGAAGAAUGAUGUAUUAUAAAUAAUAUAAGAUUCUUUAUUGUACACUUUCCAUAAAUGUAAUUUCAAGGUUACUUCCUUACCGAUAAUGAUUUGAACCUGUCUGAACUGAGCGGCACGUUUGCUACUAGUGGAGGAUGCCAUUUUAUUGCCCACAGUACUGCUCAUGGUAGUGUCCGAGUUUAAACGGUAUUUUCUCUCUCUGUGUAUGUUUAUAUGUGUAUAAAAAAAUUUCACAUUCUAUUUUGACGCGAACUAUUAACAAAGGAAACAUGUUCUGGAUGCAAGUGAAUAAUAAGUGAAUAAUAAAAGAGUGUAAACAACUUUUAAGAUCAUGCGAGCAGUUUGUCUAAUAAUAAUAAUAAUUUCAUAAAGCAAAUAACUCGAGUGUUAGUUUACGUACGCCCCGUUGAUGCAAUCUUCAUGAAUAUAAAAUUGGACAACAAAAUGGACCCUUCUGAAUAUGCAAUAAGGAUAAAGGAAGAGCCAAUUGAUCCAGAGAUCUGCGAUGAUUUGUCGCCAGUUGAUACGAAUACAGGGAAUAAGAAUGAAACAGCGACGUUUAAAGGUGAAUCUUCGAAUAUCGUUUAUUGUAAAAAUGAAGAAUCCGCGUUUCCUCAAGGAAGUACGUAUUUAGAAAAUAAAUUGGAUCCUGAUAAACGAAAAAGUAAACAUAAAGUACCUUCAAACAAAAGAAUAAGUUGCAAUGUUUGUUUGUUAACUUUUCGAACUAAAGAUUUAUUGGAACUGCAUAAUAAAUUAUAUAGCUGUAAUGUAUUUAAGUGUAAUAAUUGCAAUGCGAUCUUCACUAUGCAUAUUUCGUUGAUACGUCAUUUAAAGAGGCGAUGUUGUAUGAAAAAAUUGUCUGGAUAUAAAUGUAAUUUUUGUAAUCGAAAGUUUUCUUAUAAAAGGCAUGUCCAAUCUCAUUUAUUCCAUGCGCACGGAAACGCGAUAUUUUCUGGUGAAAGCAAAAUUAUGAAAACAUCUCCUGAAUCGUUAGGAAAGUCGAAUAAUUCGGAUGGUAUAGUCAUGGCAGAAUCAAAUACUUUACACAGUUCCUGCCAAGAAAACGUAAAUAGCUCAAUAAAUAUAUCUUUGAAACUAUCUAAUAGUUCAAACAAUACACUCACCAAGGGUUCCAGCAGCAAGAUCAAGUCUACGCAUCCGAAAUGGUUAAACGAUUCGUAUGGCACUCCUUCGAAAAGGAUGAAGCAGACUGUCCUUACAGACUUCAUAUCGCUGUACAAAGACAAACUGAAUGACAAAUGGGUUAGCCCGGAAAAAGUUAUCGAUGCGGAGAAUAUUCCUGUUACUGCGACUAUUAUUCCAACUCCAACACUUGAGACAUUUGGUAACAAGACAUCAACAGCUGCAGAAGUUAUUCAGAUGUCUACUUCUGUUAAGCGAACAGAAUCUCCUGUUAGGAAAAGACCAUUUGUUCAAAUUCAUGUGAAUUUAAAAACGAUGAUAUCUUCAUUAAGGAACGAAAUGAAAGCUGAAUCUGAAAGCUCUAAUACUUCGCACAAUAUGUCUUACAACCUUAGGCCAGUGAAAAGAUGUUCUUCUUCUUUAUAUGAUUUUUGCGAUUUAUUGGAAUUUGAGACCUUCGGAAGAUCAAGACAAUCUUUUAAAAGAAACAAGUCCCCUUAUAUAUUUAACCAAAGUAGAAGAUCUGCACCUGAAGCUAAGUAUAAAGAAUGUGUGGUCCGUUUAGAGAAAUGCGACAAAUUCUUGGAGCCUACUAGUUUCGUGUCAAACAAAGACGAAGACGAAAACGAAGACGCUUUUAAACAAGCAGUAUCGAAAAAUGUGAAAGAAGAAUUUAAAAGUUUUCGUGAAACAAGCUCGACAUGUAACUUGCCUUUGAAAGCUGACACGAUUGCGUCAAAGCGAUUCAAUGAAUUUGUAAAAUCUUUCGCUGAUAGAUUAAUCGUACCUCAACAAGAAUUGUUUGAAUUUCAGAAGAACUUUAAGGUCAAUCAGCAGAAAAUAUUUCAAUGUCAUAUUUGUCAGAAAUCGUUUUCUUUGAAAGAGAACCUGCGCGAGCAUAUGAAAUUGUUCCAUACGAUUUACAUGUCGAGCAUAUGCAACGCGCGUUACACGUCUAUAAAUAAGUUACUAACUCACUAUCUACGUCGGCAUAUUAUAUUUAAACGAAGGGAAUGUUGCGUGUGUUAUGAGAAGUUUGACACAUCGGCAUUGUUGAAGCGGCACAUGAUUUUGCAUUGUUUGAAGACCAUAAGAUCAAAAAAGGACGCGCCACCGGUUGAUGUUGAAAUAAAUUGCAAUGCAUCCAAGAAACAACACAAAUGCAAAGGUUGUCGCAAACGAUUUUGGCUAUACUCAUGUUUGAAACAACAUGAGAAUGUAUGUCGUCGAAUGAAAAUUUUAAUAAAUAAACAACGUGUAAACCAUUUGUCUCGGUCCUUGAAAGAACCAAGUGACAUGGAACUCGGCAUAGUACAGUCACCUGAUUUUGAACAAAUGUUGGAUGUUUCGGGUGAGACGACAAGAUCUUUCGAAAAUUACUUGGCUCCGAGCACGCUUAUUACGGAUGAUACUUUCUCUUCGUCAUUCGAUACAGCUGCAAAGAACAAAAGGUUGCUUAAAGGGAUUACAUGCGUAAAGGGUCACCAAGCGGGCAAGAUGAACAGAACAAAGUUUCCUUGCACUACUUGUGGAACACAAUUCCAAAAAUUUAAAAAUUUGUGCAUACAUGUGCGCACCUAUUGCCAAACAGCCACAGAAAAGUGUAACGUUUGUAACACGAUGUUUUCCACUAAAAGAUUAUUACAGUUUCACAUACUUGCUACUCAUACGCCUUCGUGCUCGGUGAACUAUAAAUUCUUUUGCAAGUUUUGUAAUCAAGGAUUUGUUAAGAAAUCAAAUCUUCAAAUUCACGAACGACACUUGCAUAUUGGGCAGGAUUCUAGACUGGAGCUGAAUUCCGAUUGCGUUGUAAAAGAUAAACCAAUCUGUAAUAUAUGCCAUUUGUUGUUUGAAUCUUACGAACGUUUAGUCGAGCAUAACAUGUAUUAUUACAAGGGCAAUGAUUUUUUAUGCGCAAUAUGUGGUAAGUUGUUUCAAGGAAUGUACAAGUUUUAUCAUCACAACAAGUUGGAGUAUUAUUCGGAUGUAUCAUGGAAAUUGUAUCCUUACAAAUGCGAUACUUGUAACGAAGGCUUCAACUACGAAUCACAUUUCCAUGCACAUAAGCUACAUGUUCAUUCGCACGAUUUCCCCGCUGACGAGGCGCACGACCGCGAUACAUCGGAUCAGACUUUUCGCAUGUGUUCGUGAUUCUUUGGAUAAUUUUGGAUAAUUGGAUAACUUUUGGGUAAUUGAGUGUCAGCCUUAGGCGCUUCCUGUUCAUUGUUUGGGAUGGUCUCAGUUUGUUGAGCCAGAAUAUGUCAAGCAUUCUAAGCUAGACGACCAGCCAGAAACGAGUGAAUUAGAUAUUCCAUACUGUCUCUAACUUUAUUUAAUAUACAUCGUUUUGUUCUUGUCAUAAGAGAUAAAGAGAUAUAAUCGCGUUAUCGUAUCGUUUACUAAGUGCCGCUUGAAACAGCUUAAUGAAAAUUAUGAUAGAUCGAGUAAUAAAUUUGUCUGCUUUUCUUUGAACGCGUUAUAUUUAUGUGUUUUUACAUGCGUGCGCGCGUGUGUGUGUGUGUGGUGCGCGCGUACGUGCGCGUGUGUGUAUUUUACCAAGUACGUUGAUCAUUACCCUAUUUCAUUAUUUCAUUAUUGUAAAAUUUGUUGUUAAAGAGAGUUUUUCGUUUGGCAUGUGCGUUUGCUGAUCUUCAUAUUUCAUAAAUUGUUUUCGGUCAGCCUAAAUGUUUGAAAAAGUUAGAAAAUAAAUGAAGCGAGGGUAAGUAAAUGUUGUAAUUUCUUUUCUUAAUUGGUCUGAUAUUGGUCAUUUUUCUUCUAUUGCAAUUUUACUCGCUACAAUUAUUCGAUUAAACGUCCGCUCGAUAUAAUAUUUAUAACAUUCGUUAAAAAAUGAACAAACCUAUUAGUAAAUCUGAUAUUGAGAUUAAAAAGAAUUCAUUUCGUUUAUCACACGUGGAAUGAUUAUAUGAUAAGUUUCAUAUUUGACAGAUGACUAAUUUAAAUAUGGAUCGUAAUUACAAUUUUCGUUAUGAGAUGAUAUAUUUACU